CUUUGCCUCGAUAGUUUGGAUUUAAACAUCGGCUUAACAACACUUUGUGACCAAACAACGCUCAAUGAGCCAUUUCUUCGUAUAUAUCGAUGGAAUAAGAAAAUAUGUAGUGUGUUUUCGUGUUUGUAUUUAAUAAUAAUAAAAAAAAAACUUUUGACGACGACCACUAUUGAGAUUGAAGUGAAAAAAAUAGUAAUUAUUAAGUUUAAGCACUUGAUUGAAAUCAUUCAAAAGUGAAUGGUGGAUUGAAACAAUUCAAACGACAAACAAUAGUUAAGACAAAAUAAAUCUGACCGAAUUCUGAUUGAAUGAAAUUUACAAAAUAAUGGAUACUCCAGCUUUCGUGGAUGAGCGACAAGAUGUUCAGAAAAAAACUUUCACGAAAUGGAUAAAUUCUCAACUUUCAAAAGCGGAAGCACCUUUGGUUACCGAUCUAUUCGAGGAUUUGCGAGAUGGACAUAAAUUACUAUCAUUACUUGAAAUACUCACAAACAAAAAAUACAAACGUGAAAAAGGUCGUAUGCGAGUACAUCAUAUCAACAAUGUGAAUAAAGUGCUCCAAGUACUGAACGAAAAUGGAGUGAAACUUCUAAAUAUAUCCAGCGAAGACAUUGUUGGCGGAAACCCAAAGUUAACACUCGGAUUAAUAUCGAUGAUUGCUCUGUGCUUCGAUGGACAAAAAUUGUUAAAUUCCGAAACGGCUAGCGGCUUGGAGAAGAAUUUGUUACGAUGGGUUCGUCAAUUCACUGACAAAUAUCAGGUGAAAGUCAACGAUUUUACAACGAGCUGGUCGAGUGGUUUAGCAUUUUUAUACAUUUUACAUGAUUUUGGAAUUGAUUUUGAUUUGGAAUGGGCCAUUAAGCAACAUCCGAUUGCAAGACUUCGUUUGGCAUUCGAUUUGGCCACACGUUAUCUACAAAUCGACUCUUUGCUCGAUCCAGAGGAUGUGAACACAAACAAACCGGAUAAGAAAUCGAUUCUGAUGUAUGUCAUGUGUUUAUACAAAGCAAUUGAAUCGAUUCGAACGUCACGACUCUCAAAUGCAGCCAGUAUACAAAUGCUUGAUCAACACUUUGAAGGCAGUACAGAGGAAAUAAAUUCGCCGACUAGCGAUGAUUCUUCACAGCCAAGCACGUCAAAGCAAUUUUCAAGCGAUACUCAAACCAAGACUCACACUGAACCAUCACACGAAAUCAAUUUAACCGAUUUAGACGAAGUUUCACUUGCCAAGUCGAUCGAAGAUAUAACCAAUUUCCCCGUAAAACGUAGCUCGACUUUUACGAUUAUCAAAAACGAGUCUAUAAAUUUGAUGGGUGCUGACAAUGAAACGCUCGACGUUGAUGACGAAAAUAACAAAACCAAUAAUUUCCAAACAUUCAUCGAAUCACAUUCGCGACCAGUUUCAACAGCAACAAACGUCUCGGUGGAAAUAGGCGGAUACCAAAAUGCAAUUGAAAUUGUGUUAUCGCUUUUGUUAGAAGCGGAAGAAGUGUUAUCCAAACCGUUGCCUGAAAUAAAAGAAUUAUCCGAAGCAAAGGCACAUUUUCAGGCUCACGAAGAAUUUAUGAUAAAAUUGUCUGAAUAUCAGGAAUAUGUGGGUGGUGCUUUAGAGGAAGGUGCUCGUUUGCUAUCAGAACCCAUGAUCACUACCGGCUUAACGGCUGAAGAUCAAAGUGAAAUCAAACAACAAAUGUUACUGCUGAAUGAACGCUGGGAACUGUUGCGAGUUUCGGCUCUUGAUGUUCAAUCACGCGUUCAUGCUUGUUUGGCCCAAGUGCAAAUGCAAAAAAUCGAAGAAUUACGUGUCCUACUAACGAAUUCCGAAGAUCGUAUAUCACGGAUGCCAGAAAUUGAUCCGAAGCCAGAUGCAAUGCCGCGCCAAAUCAAGGAACACAAAGAAUUGGAAGCAUCAUUAAACGAACAGAAAGUGCUUGUGGAUGAUUUAAGUAACUUGGUUGUCAUUGUAAAUGAUGAUUCAUUCAAUGAUUUGGAAGAUCGAUUGGCAGCGCUGGGCGAAAGAUGGACGCAUGUGGUGACAUGGACAAAGAAUCGUUUUCAGAAGCUACAAGAUGCCCAUUGGAAUUGGAAACUGAUUAACCGAAAAUUUGUAAUAAUGAACGAAUGGAUUAAUGUGCGGGAAAAUGAUUUGAAACAAAUGGAAUCGCAAGAUGUGAGUGCAAUUGGCAGUGUUAUGGAACGAAUGCAAAACCUGCGAUUUUGUGCAAUGGAUUUGAAUGUAUUGUAUGACAGUUUGAAUCGAUUAGAGGAAAUUGCACAAGGAUUGCAACCGGCAAGUGAGAAACUGUUGGAGAAAUUGGAAAAUGUCCUGGAUCGUUGCGAAGCUCUAAAAGAAAUCGUUGACGUUCAACAGCAACGCAUCGAGGGAAUGGGUUUCGAUUUUAACGUUGACAUUUUGGACAAUGUUAAGCUGCCGACCAAUUGGACUGAUUUUCAAGCUAAACUCAACAGCGUGGACCGCCGUAGUCCAAUGGAAUUGGGCGAAUCGGACGAAUUUAAUCAAAGUGACAAUGAAUUGGAUGAUUCGCCACAGUCAAAUAAAAAACGAAAACUCCAAAAAUCGGAAAAGUAUCAACAAUUAAAUGCAUGUUUGAAAGAAAUGGACGCUUUUGUUACAUCAGGUGAACAACAAUUGAUCGGACUCAAAGAAAUUCCAACGUUAAAAGAACAAGGCAGUGCUUUGGAAAAAUUACAAAAUCAACUGAAAGUGAAGAUUAACGAGUAUCCAAAUAUAAAAACCCUGUUGAACGAUUGCGUCGAAGAUGAUGGUCAUGAUUUACCUGAAGAAGCAACCGAAAUAAGUAACAUUGGCACAAAGUAUGAUGAACUCAAUUUUCGCAUAGAACACAUGCUCGAACUGAACGAAAAAGCAUCGAUUAAAGAAAAGUUUUGCCGAAAUCUGACCGGUCUGAAACUAGUUCUGGCCGAUUGUCAAGAUUGGUUCAAACAGUAUGCUAAUCUAAAUGCUUCGACCCAAGAAGAGCUCGAAAAUCGAUUGGCAUACAUGCAGUCGUUGAGUAGUGACAUUAAUGAGGCUCAAAAUUUUUACCGUAACACCGACGACAAGAGUGAUUUAAGCGAAUGGAAAAGUGACUUUGAUCAAUUUCAUCACAGCUGGAAUGACAUUGAAAGUGCAAUAAAACGACUUCUGCACGAUAAUUUCGAUACAGAACCGAUUGAUGAGCAAACCGAAUCACAGGAAACCACAAUUUCACCGGAAUUGGAAAAGUUUGAAGCCGUUUAUGUUGACUCGAUGGCCACCUGUGUGGUGGGAUCUAAUUUGGAUAAAAUGAGAGGCAAUUUACAUCAUUUGAAUGAAUUGAAAUCGAUCAUUUCCGAAGUGAAAUUGAAUGAUGAAAUUGCAAACAAUCCAAUUGAAUCGGAGAAAUGGGAAAAGUUGGAAUCAACAAUCGAAGAUCGUAUUUUGAAGCAAACAACCGCAAUCGAGAAUCUUAUUCAUUUCACAACUGAAUUUGAGCAGGUCGUGAAAUUUCUGUCAAAUCUCGAAAAAUCGCUUGCCGACGAUUUGUUUAUGCUUGGCGAAGAGGACGAAUUAAAACAACAAGAGAAAUCGUACGAAUCAAUUGGAAUGGAAAUUAAAAAAGUUGAAAUUGAUAUAAUUAGCGUCAAGAAUUUCAGUGAAGUUAUUGUACGUGAUUCGACUGAUGGACAACAUAAAGCAAUUUUGUUGAGCCAAGUUCAAUCGGUAAAUGAUCUUUAUACCAGUGUUAAAAAAACAUUUCAAUCAAAUAACAAAGCUUUGAAACAAGCUCUUGAACAAACUUCAAAUAUUUAUCAAAGAAUCAACGAAGUUGAGCUAUGGCUUAACGAAUUAGAAAAAUCGACUCCAACUACCACAAACGCGGAAAUCGAAACAUCAAAUCAACUAUUUCAAAUUCGAAACAAGUUCCAAUCGCUUAAAGAGACUUGUGAACAGAAAACAGUGGAAUUUCGUGAAUUGUUGGGUGUUGGCAGUGAAAUGCUAUUACGCAUCGAUGAACAAUUAAAUCAACCGAAUUGCAAGUGUAAAUAUUCUACGCUGGCCAGACAUUUUACCAAAUUAAAUGCGAAAUGGAAUGAAGUAACGACGUUAGUGUAUAAUCGAACUGCAUUGCUGGAGCACAUCUCCAGUCAACUAGGCGAACUAAAGACGUUAAUCGUAUCCGAAUCGGGCUAUAUGGAUAAGUUAGAAAAAUGCUUACGCAAAGGACCCGACAACGCAGCAGACGCCGAAGAAAUAUAUGAGGAGCUCGACGAUUUAGAGAAUAGCAUUCGAAAUCAUUCUGAAGAGCGAUUAGACAAAAUUAAAGAACUGGGCAACGAACUGAUUGAACACGAGUGUAUGGCCGCGAGUAUUAUGGCUGACGUGAAAUCGGUGACAGAUCGUUGGAACUUAUUGCAGCACAAGGGAAAACAACGGCAAACUAUGUUGGAAAAAGCAGUUUCAGAAGCUCAAUCGUCGGAAAGUCGCGUACAAAGUUUUCAACAUUGGAUCCAUCAUGUUGAUGAGCUACUGAACGAGCAUCUAGAUAAUGAUACGACUGCAGAUGAUCUUCCGCAUGACUUUAGUCAGCGAUUGGUUGAAGAAUUUGAUGCAAAUGAAAAAGUGUUGAACGAAAUGAAAGAGGAAGUGGAACUGUACCAGCAAAAGGGUAAAACAGAGGCUGCUCAUCGAAUGCGAGAACAGGUCAAUCUUCUGGAAGAACGAUUUCAAACGAGCCAAACCAAAUUGAAUGCAUUCACUUCGCCUCAAGCAAACUUUGAGGGUCGAUUGAAUCGAGCCAUGGGCGAAUUACGUGCGGUCGAACGUAGUUCGUGUAUUUUGGACAUUUCGUCAGCUGCACCGAACAAUGUUCAAGAUCAAUACAAACACUGUUUGAAAAUGUAUCGAACGUUAUCCGAAGUUAAAACUGAAAUCGAAAAUGUAAUCAAGACUGGACGGAAAAUUUGUGACGAUAAGACAACAAAGUACGCUAAAAAAUUGACACUGAGCAUUGAUGCGCUCAAGCAUCUGUACAACUCGUUGGGCGAACAUGUUACCCAAUCGAAAGUCAAUUUGGAAAAAUUGCUUCGAAUUACGACGGCAAUUCAAUCAAAUAUAACCGCCAUUGAACGCUGGUUAAACUUUUUCACUGAACUCAACGACGAAAUAAUGCCAGAGCAACGAAACAAAUUACUCGGCAAUGAUCCAGUGCUAAUGCUAUCCAAUGACCAGGUCGGUGCAAUGCUCGAGAAGUGCAAUGUUAUGUACUCGGAAUAUUGUGAAAUAUGUGAUCCAACAUAUUUAGAGGAUUUGCAUGCCAAAAUUGACAGUCUGUCACAACAAUUCAUACGAAUCACGGUGAACGAUGUGGGAAAAGAUUUGCUUGAGAUUAAAUCAACUCUUCAAAACUUGGACAAUAUAUCGAUAGAUACAUUAAGAUCUAUUGAGACUGAUUUGAAACAGAUGAACGUAUCGAGCAUCGAAAUUCAAAAACUGCAUCAACAAGUCACUGCGAUUGUGCAGGAUGCUCUUUCGUCACGACUUAUGGUUCCACACAAUGGAGGUGAUGUCGAUGACAUGGAAAUUGUUGUCGUUAGCGAUACUGUUCGCCAAAGACGUUCAAGAACACCCUCAACAUCUGCAACAACUAUACAAAAUGACAAUAUUGUGAAGGAUUCGAACAAAAAAUCCAACGUAAUGCCCGAUCUUUUACCAAAGACAUUUCAUCUGGCCGAGACAAGUGCACUUUUCUCUCAAGUUAACAGCGAUUCAGAAAAUUUAUUAACACAACAAGAUAGCAUUGACAAUAAUGAAUCAAAAGUGUCCAUUGUUGAAAUUCGCGAAACUAAUUUAUCAUCACCAAAAAGAGUAGUUAAUACAUACAAAUCGAAUGAAAACGGUCAAAUUCAGAAUAUUGGACAAGUUUUAAAUACGUGCAGCAUAUUAGAAUCAGUUAGUUACUUAGAGCCGAGCUGUUGCGUUGAAACAGUGCAUAUAAUUGAUGCAACUUCAGAACCAUCUGAUAGCGAAACACCCUGUUCCACACCGAACUUGGGCGAUAGACACGAUAGCGAUGAUGAAGACGAUGAUAGCGAUGAGAACGAAUACGAAACUGGUGAACCAGCACCGAUGAAACAAAUGUCAUACCAUAAAAGCCGAGGUGCAUUGAGAAAUGAACGCAAUUUGCUCAAAGAAUCUGAACAAUUUGAUAACAUAAGUAAUAGUCCAUCUAAACCACAGCGUAAAAAACUCACUCCAACCUUAAAAGAUAUUUUAAGUGCGACUUCGGAUCGUGACAGUUUUUACAGCGCAGAUAAAGAGGUAUUUGACGAGCCAUUAACGUUUUCUGAUGACGAUGAUAGCCAUCACUUAGGUGAACAAACGACAGAAAAUUUCAACCGAGAUACGGAUCGAAUUGCAAAGCCGAAUGCUGGGAAACCGGCUGUUAUGCACGAACGAAAAUUGGAACAUGCCACUAACGAAGAUGUCAAUGUCGAUCAAUCACAGACGAACACAAAGAGUAAAACCGUUACAACAACGACAAUAACAACCACAUCAAAAACGUUUGCGGUGAAAAAAAUGUCAAAUUCUACUUCUUUGUCGCAAAGAGUCUAUGAAUUUGAGAAGACUGCACGUUAUAUGAUAAAAAAACUGCAAGAAACUCGAGAAAAAAUUGAGGCAUCGAUUGCUGCAUCGGCCGAUCCGGAAACAAUUGAACAUUUGAAAUUGCUCGUCGCACCCGAUGCAGCCACACUCAUUUCACAAGGCGACUCAUUAGUUUUGGAAACACAUGGCAAUACUCCUCAGCUCGCGAAUACUGUCAUGGAAAUCCAGUCGAUCCUCAGAGAGAAAUUCCGAGAAGUUCAACAUUCAAGAUUACCAAGCGAAUAUCAAAAGAAAGACGGCAAAGAUCUCAGUCAAGAGCUGGAAAAUUAUGAAAGUAAAGCAGUCGACGCUCAAAAAAUAAUCGCAAACGAUAUCGAUGAAGGUGCAAAGGUUGUUUGUAACAAAGCCUGGACACUUUUCGACAAUCCCGUCGAUGAAGACAAUGAACUCCAACUUAAUGAAAGACUAGCUGACAUUCAGAGUUUACAAACGGAACUCAAAAUUCAGUGGAAAUUUGCAUCACAAGCUACACCAAGUCCCAAGGCGAAGGCAACUAUGGAAACUCUUGACCGAACUCGAAGCGAUCUAUCAUAUCAUUACGACUCUGUUGUUCAAUCUCUGAAAAAACUGAACAACAACAGCGGACUAUACGAUAACGACGACCGGAAAUAUCCAGAUGGCAAACCUGUUGACAAAAAAGUACAAAAUGAAGCAUACGCAGAAAAGAAAGAAAAUUCAUCCGAAUCGAGUUAUGUACCAGGGUCGUUUUCAGCCAAAGGACGUUCAAAAUUGCGCUCACCAAACAAUUCUUCAACGUCAUCAUCAGCAACACCCAUAAACUUGGACAAAGCCAUUAGUCAAAUCACCGAUUGGUUAAAUUUGGAUCAAAACAUGGCCAAAAACUAUCACGUAGAUGUUUGCGAUAUUGAUGCCAUUCAAGAAGCGAUUAAUAAACAAAAGACCGUUGUUCGUGAAUUGGAAUAUAAGAAACCGCAACUGGAUGAAUUAAUUUUACUUUCGGAAGCAUUGAAAACAGACGGAAACCGUCAAAAGUUACAUAGCAAAAUAAAUCGAUUGCGGGAACACUGGGAUGAAACGUCGCAAAGUGUUUUACAACGAAAGUCUCAACUCACCAACAUGCUUGGCGAUUCUCAACGUUACGAGGCAAAACGUCUUGAAAUCGAGAAAUGGCUACAACGUAUGGAAAGUCGAUUUGAGCAAAUGGGAAAAAUUGCAACCACCGCUGAUGUAUUGGAAGCACAGCAAAAAGAGCAAAAGUCUUUCCACGCUGAACUACACCAAUACAAAUACCAUGUUGAGUUAUUUAAUCAACUAACACAGAAAUUAAUUGCCGUAUACCCGACGGACGAUACAUCACGAAUAAAACGAAUGACUGAGGCGGUCAAUAUAAGAUACAAUAAUUUGAACAAUGUGGUUAUCAAUCGCGGCAAAUUACUGCAGACAGCCGUACAUAGUCUUCAACUUUUCGAUCGUUCAAUGGACCAAUUUCUGGCUUGGUUGAGUGAAGCUGAAUCCUUGUGUGAAAAUGCUGAACAGGAGAUUGAACGGAAUCCGCUGAUUUUAAAGGAUCUUCAAUCUGAAAUUGAGACACAUCGCGUUGUAUAUGACCGUCUCGAUGGAACUGGACGAAAACUACUCGGUUCCUUGACAUCACAAGAAGAUGCGGUUAUGCUGCAACGUCGUCUAGAUGAAAUGAACCAUCGAUGGAACCAUUUGAAAUCCAAGAGCAUUGCAAUCAGAAAUCGUUUGGAAUCAAAUUCAGAGCAUUGGAAUGCAUUGCUGUUGUCAUUGCGAGAACUCACCGAAUGGGUCAUUCGAAAGGAUACCGAACUCUCACAAUUGCGAUCCGGACCAUUGCGUGGUGAUGCAGCAAGCCUCCAAAAGCAGUUGGACGAUCAUAAAGCAUUCAGACGCCAAUUGGAGGAUAAACGACCCAUUGUUGAAAGCAAUUUGUUAAGUGGCAAGCAAUAUGUGACCAGUGAACCACCUGUGUCUGACACAAGCGACACUGAAGCAUUGGACAAUGACUCGCGCUAUUUAUCAGCAGAUGAGCAAAGUCGCGAAUUGACACGCAGUAUUUCCCGUGAAGUGGGCAAACUAUCCGAGCAAUGGAAUCAACUGAUUGAUCAUUCAGACAACUGGAAACAUAGCCUGGAUGAAUAUAUGACGAAAAUGCGUCAAUUCCAAAAAACAUUGGAGGAUUUACAGUCACGCGUUGCUUCGGCUGAAACAACAACAAACACAUGGACACCACCAGCAUCGGCCUCAGAGGCAAGUGACCAAAUUCAAUAUUUGCAACGCUUACGAGAUAAAAUGACGACAGCUGGUGCAUUGCUUGAUGAUUGUAAUGAGCAGCAAAGUUUCUUCACGGCAAAUCAUGUAUUAGUACCAAGUCAGUGUUUGGCCAAACUGGAAGAUUUGAAUACAAGAAUGAAGUUAUUACAAAUUGCUAUAGAAGAACGUCAUAAGGUUCUAAUCAAUGCCGGCGCAAAUCAAAAUAUUCUCGCACCCGAUGGAAGUCAUGCAGUGAAUAAUGGUACAAUUGGUCCCUUGCCAAAUCUCAGUACAAGCGUAAAAUCGCCUUGGGAACGUGCAACAACACCAGCCAAUGUACCCUAUUACAUCGAUCAUGAACGUGAAACAACGCACUGGGACCAUCCGGAAAUGAUUGAAUUGAUGAAAUCAUUAGCCGAUUUGAAUGAAGUUCGGUUCUCAGCCUAUCGAACAGCAUUGAAAUUACGUUCAGUUCAAAAGCGAUUAGCUUUUGAUCGCAUUCCCAUGUCUAUUGCGAUUGAAUCAUUUGACCGUCACGGUUUGCGCGCACAAAACGAUAAAUUGAUUGAUAUUCCUGACAUGACAACUGUAUUGCAUUCACUAUAUGUGACAAUCGAUCAAAUUGAUUUGCCGCUUAUGCUGGACUUGGCAAUAAAUUGGAUUCUAAAUGUAUACGAUUCACAGCGAACUGGUCAAAUCCGAGUCUUGAGUUUUAAGGUCGGACUUAUUCUACUGUGCAAGGGGCAUUUGGAGGAGAAAUAUCGUUUUUUGUUCCGAUUGAUUGCCGAUCCCGAGCGUAAAGUUGAUCAACGUAAACUUGGUCUAUUGUUGCACGAUUGUAUUCAAGUACCACGACAAUUGGGCGAGGUGGCUGCGUUCGGUGGUUCUAACAUUGAGCCAUCGGUUCGUUCAUGUUUGGAGAGAGCUGGCAUUCCUCAGCCAGAUCAAAAUGGUGCAACCAAUGGGUCCACCGGUGAAUUGCCAGAAAUUGCAAUCGAAGCACAACAUUUCUUGGGUUGGUUGCAGCAUGAACCCCAAUCGCUAGUAUGGUUACCGGUUUUGCAUCGUUUGGCUGCAGCCGAAGCGGCUAAACAUCAAGCAAAAUGUAACAUCUGUAAAGAGUAUCCAAUUGUUGGCUUCCGUUAUCGUUGCUUAAAGUGUUUCAAUUUUGACAUGUGUCAGACAUGUUUCUUCUUCGGUCGCAGUGGCAAAAAUCAUAAACUUAGCCAUCCAAUGCACGAAUAUUGUACAACAACUACUUCUACCGAGGAUAUGCGUGAUUUUACGCGAGCACUCAAGAAUAAAUUCAAGAGUAGCAAAUACUUUAAGAAGCAUUCACGUCUGGGAUAUUUGCCGGUUCAAAGUGUUCUCGAAGGCGACGCUCUCGAGAGUCCAGCACCAAGUCCUCAACACACAACACAUAAUUUACAAAACGAUAUGCAUUCACGGCUUGAAAUGUACGCAUCACGUUUAGCACAAGUUGAAUAUGGUUCACGAAAUAAUUCAACACCUGACAGUGAUGACGAACAUCAAUUGAUUGCCCAAUACUGUCAAACACUUCCGAACAAUGGCAGUAACGGUGCUCCAAAAUCACCACUACAAGUUAUGGCCGCCGUUGACGCCGAUCAACGUGAAGAAUUAGAAGCAAUUAUACAAGAUUUGGAAGAAGAAAACGCUACAUUACAAGCAGAAUAUGAACGUUUGCGUUCGAAACAAACUCCCAUUUCAACACCGGACGAUGCACAGGCUGCAAUCGGAAUUGCAAGUGGUGGUCAAGAUUUAAUGGCCGAAGCCAAAUUAUUGCGACAACAUAAAGGACGACUUGAAGCGCGUAUGCAAAUUCUUGAAGAUCACAAUCGACAGUUAGAAGCACAAUUGAUGAGAUUACGGCAAUUGGUCGACGAACCGGGUACAACAAAGGCUUCGACAUUGCAAACAAGAUCUGUAACUGCGUCACAAUUGAAUACCGAAUCACCGGCAAAAAUGCAGCAAAACGGUCACUAUGAACAGCAUACAAACGAUUUAUCUUCUGAUUUAACAUCUGGUGCCACUAAUAAUCUUGCAAAUGCGGGCAGUGGUUUAUCUGCAUCAAGUUAUGGUGUGGCCGCUAAUAUGAAUAUUAUUGACAAUCGACCACCGCCCCCACCACACUCAAAUUUACUCCAUAUGUCUGAUGAUGAAUUUGGUAAUGCCGAUUUUGGAAAUCUUUCGAUAAUAACGGAACAAGAAAUCACAAGUGAUGCGUUCAAAAAUGAAAGCAAAAAAACUUCUACACCGAAAAACUAAUAUACGAUUAUUGGGACAAAUUUUAGCGAAUCCAACAACAACAAGAAAAAAAUAAUGGAAUUUUUAAAAAAAACCAAAACAUUGUAUGAAAUAUCCAGUUUAAAAAUACGACGAUAAACAAGAAAUGAUUUAAAGAAGAAUGUUAAACUUAAAUUGUGUACUUAGUUAAGAGAGAGCAAUCCGAAUGAAAUGUAACGAAAUCAUAACAUCAAUCAUAAACACUUGGCAUAUAAAUAUAAACAUAAUAAUAUCGCAUAAUUAUAUCAUUCUCUACUCUACUAAUAAUUUAUAAAUAUUAAAUAUACGAGAUGAAACAGAGAUGCAGAAUUUUACAUUCAUACAAAUAUUUACCUACUAUAUUUGAAAAUUGUAUUCAUAAACGAGCGAGGAUAGUGUUACAUAAAGCACACACAAAUACGUAUUAUUAUUAUUAUUAUUAUUAGCUAUAUUAUUAAACCAAUUUUUAAAAUGAGCCAUUUGGCUUUUGCUUCACCAUUUUUGGCAGCGAUUGACUAAAAUUUAUUGUUAUGUUUAAAUAAAAAAAAAAUAUUGAUAUGCUUAUGUACAAAUAACCAAAAUCAAAUAUCAUUGUCCGAAUAAUAAUAAUAGUUGAACACUGAAGGUGGAAACCGACCUUCAAUAGUGGAAAUUGAUGAGAACGACUCUGUAGAACUAUAUGGUCGAAUAUUAUACAAGAAAUUAUAUAUCAUUGAUAAUGGAAGUGCAUCAUUGGGAGGUAGCAUUUUUCCUCCGAAGAUUUUUUUAGUUGAAACGUAACUCUGAUUAGAGUCAAAUCAUUUGACGAUUAAAAUGAAAUUCACCUAUUGAAAUAACAAUAAAAUAAAAUUUGAAUUUAAAGUGUUUUCAUUUAAAACAAAAUAAUGUCCAAAAUGAUGGAAUUGCAGAAAACCAAAACUCUAUUGUUUUAAAUAGAUGAAUGUUGAAUUCGAUAAACAAAAAUACACACAGAUACAUUACAUACGAAUCGAAGUAAGUGGGAACCCUUUUUUGUUUACUGUUUUGCACCUCUUCGACCCUUUUUAUGCACUAGUCUUAAUAAAAAAAAAACA